CACCUCCUCCUCCACCUUCAAACAUGGCGCCGGCCCGCAGCUCUGCUCCUUCCCUGACAGACGACUCAGCUCCGGAGAGAGAGAGGGAGGAGGAGUGGGGGAGGAAGCAGAACCUCGCCAUGACCGAGUGUUAAAACCUCUUUUUAAAACCAAAACAACAACAUUAAUAACUCUUUAAAGGCUCUUUCUUUACGCACCGCUUUUUUUGGAAACGUUUACGCGUGAGACCGUGCGUAAAGGAGAGCCCACCUGCGCGACGAAGGUAGAUUUCACUCCGGCUCUCCAGGAUGUGAUUCUCCCGGAUCUGAGAGAGAAAGGAACGGAGCACUUUGAUGGUUCCUCGGGGUCCGAUUUUGGCUCCGGUAAAAAAAUGAGCAGAAAGUCAGACUGAGGCUUUCCAGGAAAUAAAAACACAACAACUUUCUCCAUUUCUUCCACACCGAGAGGAUGGAUGGGGAACACUUGGAGAGGGAACGAGAGAGGCUUCCUCCGAUUUACCACAGCUCCGCUCCUGCUGGUUUCGGGCGAGGAGCGAAGCAGCCGUUUCCGUCGUUGGGAACGUUCAUUUCCACUCUGAACCAGAGAAGAGACGCCGCGGGGCGAGGAGGAUUCAUGACGGGAACUCUGAGCGGCAACCAGUGGCUCCGACACGGGAGAGAUUUGCCUCCCAUCUGCAGCGAUGUUCGUCAGAGGCAGCGUCUCUCCAUCGACACUCUCCCCGCUGAGGUCAAAGCGCCGUUCCCCUGCGACCCAAUCAUCCCCCUCCGCACCAAGACCACCAAAGAGUUCCAAGAGGACAUGGAGCGAGCCGUCCAAUCAGGCGACUGGAAGGAGGUCCGCGAAUUUUACCUGACCACCUUCGACUCCUUCAUAGAAAUAAACGCUGCCUUCAAGCGGGAGGCGAACGCAUCUUUCAACACCAUCGACGACUCGGGAGUCAACGCCAAGUUUGUCAACGCUGUUUACGACGCCCUGCUCAGCACGCCUCAGGACAUCCAGAAGUCGGUGCUGAAAGGAAUCAUCAACAGUCUGCUGAGGGAGUGGAAGGGGCCUCGGACAAAAGACGACCUGCGAGCGUAUUUCAUUCUGGUUCAGAACCCGCAGUACUCCAGCACCAGCACCUAUGUGAUCUACGCUCACCUCCUGAGGCAGAUCUCCUCUCUGUCCGAGGCCGACCACCACUACCUGGUCCACUGGCUGAAGAAGCUGUCUGCGCGGCGUUUCAGGCAGCUGGUGGAGCGCCUCCUUCAGUUCAUCUCGACUCGUCUGUUUCCUGCAGAGCCCGAUGAACUUCCUCCUCUCACAAAGUGCUCCUGGUGGAUCCCCUCUGCCACCAAAGUGCUCAGCCUGUUCAACGCAGCCAACAGCGUCUCCUCGACUCCCAUCAUGCCUUUCACCGACUUCUACAACAUAACCCUGGAGCACAUCGACUUCAUGGAGGAGUAUCGGACCUGGCAGAGCUACGGAAACUCAAACAGGUUUUCCUUCUGUCAGUUUCCCUUCAUCCUGUCCACGGUGGUGAAGAAAGCCAUCAUCCAGAAAGACUCAGAGCAACAGAUGAUCAGCCAGGCCAGGCAAAGCCUGGUCAGUAAGGUUUCUCGCAGGCAGAGAGUGGACAUGAACCUUCUGUUUCUCAACAUUAAAGUACGACGAGCACAACUCCUCAGCGACUCACUGGAUGAGUUGACGAGGAAGCGGUGCGACCUGAAGAAGAAGCUAAGGGUCACGUUUGUGGGCGAGGCAGGGCUGGAUAUGGGCGGUUUGACGAAGGAGUGGUUUCUGCUGCUGGUGAGACAGAUAUUCCACACUGACUACGGGAUGUUCACCUACAUGAAGGACUCGCGCUGCCAUUGGUUCAGCAGCUGGAAAGUUGACAACUAUUCAGAGUACCAGUUAGUCGGGACUCUGAUGGGCUUAGCGUUUAUAACAGCAUCGCUCCUGGGACAUCACUUCCCCCUCUACUGCUACAGGAAGCUCCUGACUCCGCCCACUGUACCAUGUGACCCGAACGCAUCCAUCGGCAUGGCAACUGCCACCCUGGACGACCUGCAGCAGAUCAUGCCG